GCCAUCCAAUUUUUCCCUGCGUUUCUCCCAUGCACUUGUCUUCUUCACCUCCAACACCCUCCACUGUUUUCUCUCUUCCUUUCCCUCUUCUUCAUGGUUCCCUUACUUCUUUGUCCAUUUUUUGUUUUCUUUUUUUUUAAUUAAUAAAUAAAUAAUAAUACAAGUAUUAUACAUUCUCUAUACGUCAACAUACAGUUAUAUUUCAUUGCCUUGAUUUGCUUUAAAUACUUCGCCAUUUCUUCCUUCUUUCUUAUAACUUACUUACUUACUGUCAUUGCCCAUUUCUUUCUAUUACACAUUCUCUGACACUCUUUUGAACCCACUUCUUCUUCUUAUAAAGCUUUUUUUUUUAUCUUCAAAUAAUAAUUAUAACAUAUAAUUAUGUCUAGCAGAAGAUCACGUUCAAGGCAAUCUGGUGGAGCUGCUAUAAGUGAUGAUCAAAUUGCUGAUCUUGUUCACAAAUUGCAACAGCUUAUUCCUGAGAUACGUGGCAGCAGGAGAAACUCUGACAAGUCGGCAAAUAGGGUUUUGCAGGAGACUUGUAAUUACAUUAGAAACUUGCAUAGGGAAGUGGAAGAUCUAAGCGACAGAUUAGCCGAGCUCUUGGCUUCAAUUGAUAGUGACAGUGCUCAAGCAGCCAUUAUUAGGAGUUUACUUAUGUAAACCUUCCAAAAAGAUAAUAUUAAUUAAGAAAAGAAAAUUUGUAUAAGCAAUUAUUAUUUAUUUUUAGUAAGUAGAUUCAUAGUUUGCCCAAUAUUAUUAAUAAUAAUAAUAUUAUUAUUAUUAUUUUUUUAUUAUUUCUUUACUAUUUAAAUGUUAUGCUCUCCCUUCUAUCUAGGCUUUGGUCUUGGUCUAUAUAAUGAAGCCUACAAGAGAGACUGAGUGAGAGGAAGAAACCUCGAUUGUAUUUAACUAGCUAUAUUUUAAUAGUAAUUAAUUAGUUUUACAUUUAAUAAUAAGUUAUU